GGCAUUUCUUCGAUUACUGAGGGGAGGAACAUUACAUUAAGAACAGGAUCUGUGACAUUGCUCCUUUUUGUUGGCAGCAAAAAUCAUCAGACCCAGACGCUCGUCGCGGCGCUGCCUUUGUUUCGCUGAGGAUUUUUUGACUGGGCAGCAAAUUUACUUGUCAUCUCUCUGCAAAGUGAAGGCCUCUUUGAUGAGAGGGCGUGGGAGUGUGCUGACAGACUACUUUGGUGUGACCAGGAGAACUACUCAACUAAAACAGCUUUGCCUCCUUUUUGAAGGGCCACGUCGAUUCAGGUAUCCAUGGACUUGUUACAGGACUCCAGCCAAAGCAUGUGGGACUUGAAUGCUCGACUGAAGAACUUCAUGGAGCAGGUGAACGGGCUGCAGGAGGCCAAUCGCCAGCUUGAGGCUCAGAUAGUCGAGUGGAGUUUCAGGAGCGCCUCACGCACCCAGAACUGGUCCAAGCAAGAGCAGACUGUGAAGGAGCUCCGUUCCCAGAUUUGUAUUGUGCUCAUAGAGAAUGCCCAGUUGGCAUUAGAGUGUGACAACAUGAGAUCCAGAGCUUCUGCCAUCCAGGCCAGGUGUGAAACAGAGGAAAGAACCACCAGGCGUCUUGAACAGCAAGUGGCUCUGCUCCGAGAGGCAAAGAGGGAGGCAGAUGAAAGCAGUGUGACCCUGCAGGCCGAGUGCCACCGCUCCAUGACAGAGCUGCAGCAUAUGGACCAGGAGUUUGAGGCAGCCCAAGCUCUGCUGCUGCAGCGGGCCAGAUCCUGUGAUGCUCUGUUAGCAGCAGCAGCAGCAGGAAGGGAGGAGGAGGAUGGCACAGGGAUGGAGCUCACCCAGCUCCUCGACCAAAUCAGGGUGCAGUGCGACCAGAGCAGACAUACUGGCCUGCCUGAGAGGCUCCUUGGUUUGGGAACGGCUUCCGAUCCAGCUGGUGGCUCAGUGGGGCCUGGCCGGUCUGAAAGUGGAGGAGCAGCAGCUUUCAGAACACACAGAGGAGCUCUUACUGAGGAGGAGGCAGCAUGGGCUCAGGUGAGCCUGGGAGGAGCUGCGCUAAAGGAGGCCCGGGCCGAGCUCACCGAGGCCAGGAAGCAAUGGCGCUCCCUGCAAGUGGAGAUGGAAACUCUUCAUGCCUUGGAGAAAGGCCUGGAAUGCACUCUGCAGCACACCCAGGACCUCUACACAAGCCAGUUGCAAGACCUCUCGCAGGUGAUUCUUAGGCUGGAAGGUGAACUGGAGCAGGUGAGGGAAGGCCUGGCCACCCAACGCCAACGCCAUAGCCAACUGCUCAACACCAAGAUGAAGCUAGAGAGGGAGAUUGCCACUUAUCGACGGCUACUGGAACGUGAGGAGGGCAGGUACAUGCAGGACCGUUGUGUGCAGCCGCUGCGUCUGCGACCCUGGAGGUCUCCUGUGUUGGAGCCAAACGAGAAUGGAUUGGAAAACAGCUUUAGUGACUCUGUUGUUACUCCGGAUGAACCUAAAUCAGAGCCAUUGCCUGAUAUCCCAUCGCUCCUUCCUGCGGACCAGGAACUGAAGAAGAGCAAGCUGUACAGACAGCAAAGCCUGGUCAUACUCACAGAGCCAGAGCAGGAUAAAGACUUGCCAUUGGCCACUGUAAAGACACAGGAGAUCCUGCAGGGCAAAGUGGUCCAGGAGAGCGCAGAAGGUCACGGCACUAUUGAGACAGAGAAGAUUGACAAGGUGAUAAAGCAAUGGGAGGGCUCCUUCUUCAGAGGGAACCCCAAACUGAGGAAGAAGUCUGUGUCGCUGCGCUUUGACCUGCACAUGGCCGCAGCAGACGAGGGCUGUGCCCAGACCAAACAGGACAGCCUCCCUGACGUGGAGGUGCGGCUCAUCAUGAAAAGGUCCCGCAGCAUCUCCACCAUCACACAGUGACUCUCCCCGCUUCAAGAACACGUUCAUAUCUGGCUUGUAGCAUUGUGUGGUGAGGCCAGAGAUGGUGAGGCUCCAAAUGGAAGUGCGUCGAUCCUGCACCGACCCUCGAGAUGCAUCUAAUCAUUGCCAUCAUGCUUUCCAAUGCAAAAUUCACUUAAGCUAGCAUCACAGCUCAUGGCUGAAUUUACCCGUCGGAUCUUUGCUCUGGCAGGAUAGGUGUUAUAAACGAGGCUUUGUGGUGACAGUUUGAUAGAGCUGGAGAGGUAUGCGUUCAGGGCUGUAAAAUGUAAAUCAUAUUCUGACGUCAUCAGCUCAGAUAAAGAGAAAGUGUCUCUCCAAGUCUCAGACUUGACUGCAUUUGAGACAUUACAGACUAAUGCUGACAUUUAAUCCCAGUUAAAUCCUGCGUGAAGGUAGGAGGAGAUAAAUGCAAACAGACCUGUUUAAUCAGCUUCAAACUACCUGAGGAUGUAUUCAAGUGGUGGAUUUACAGUUUAGGUCUGUAUGAAAAGUGUGCAAGCAUUCAAAUAACAUGUUUUUAUUUUUUUGUUGCCCCUGUCACCAGCAAACAGGGCAAAAGUCUCUUUAUAUUUUUAAUUUAAAUCCACUUAUAAGUCAUAAUCUUAAUGGUGGAACUUUAUAGCCUUAUUCACAAGAUGACAGAGUUGUUUUAACAUCUAAAUAAAAUAGUUCUGAUGAACUUUAAUAGAAAGGCAGCAGGACAAUAGAAGGAAAGCAGAUGGUGUGAUUGAGUCAUGUUAAUCAGUUAAUUAAGCCCAACUAAACAGAUUGUGUUGCUGCUUAGGAUGUUGUUGACAUUAGAAGAAUGAUAACCUUACUAGAAUACCCAAACAUUUUCACCCUUUGUUUCUUAUAGUUAUUUAAAAGGUUACUGAUAAAUUUAUGUCUAUCCCCUCAUCUUUUCUUCUUUUUUUCCCCUGGUGCAAUAUCAUUAUAUCAUUAGUCUUUUAUUGUUUCUUGUGUCACACUGUAAUUUCUGUAUCUUUUUUGCAGCUACACUUACAGGAGUCCUUUUAACAGGAAAAUGCAGAUAAUUUAAGUAGUGAAAUUUACUAAAACAUUAGUCUAUCUUUACAUAGUUGUUGUAAGGAUUCAAAAUUUGUUUUUAAAAAGUAAGAUACUGUUUUUCAGUUUCAGUGGGUAGAAAAUGUUUCACCUCAUCCCAGUUAUUUACCUUCUGUAUUUAGUUGAUUAAAAGAAAAGAAGCAAUAUCUACAGAUUAUGAUAUAAUCAAAUCAUAAAUGUCUAAAAUAUUCAAUAUUACAUCCAAACAUAGUUAAGGGAUGAUCUACCAUGACAGAGUGCAGCGCAGACUCAGAGCACUUAGUUGCACACACCAAAAUACAAAACAGUGUCGGAUUUCUCUAGUUUGGCAACCAGAGUUGUUGUCUUUAUCUGAGCCAAGUGCUGACUGGGUUCAUCAAUACUCCCUCGCAAAUGAACAAGAAUGUCUCCUAAUAUUUGUUUAUUGCUUAUUCUUAUUGGUUGAGGUUAGGCUUGUAGCUAAUGAUGGUUUGAUUUCAUAUUAAAAGUAAAGAAAAACAAGUUUAAAGACAGAAACCCAAGGAACCUCAAAUACAAAACUCAUGGCAACAUGCGGCUAGAUGUUGUGCUCCUGUUCCAGCAAGCAUUUUUACUCUUAUCAGAAUAAUGCAGCUUCCAAAAU